UCUCUGAAUCUCCGACGGUUCGGAUGACCGGAGACCGGUCCGUGACGAUUUUUCCCGCCAAUACUGUCGUUGAAUCCGUUCUUAUCUUAUCUAUCGAUUCGAGUUGAUCGGUUGUAUCUUUCGAUAUCUUAUCUAUUGACAUAUGUGUGGAUCGGCUGUAUGUGUUGGGUCUUUUGAUAUGUUUCGUUGAUUUUUUUAAAUUUGAAGGGUUGGUCCGCAAAGGGUUGAGAGUAAGAACUUGUUGAUCUGUCAAGUUUAUAGUGACUGUUGGGACGGUUAUGAGUGAAAAGUAAUAGUUUUAUUAAUUCAAGACAAUCUUUUUCAAAACUUUGGGGUUUCUUAUUAAAAUUGUGUACUCUAGAUUAAUGAGUUGUGGUUUUUGUGAUUAGAUCAGGUUCAUUGAUUACCGGUUUAUUGUGAAUUUAGCUUUCUUGAUUCGUUAUUUGGCCGAGUUAUAUUUUAAUAGGUGCUACAGUAGUGGAAACUCCCAGUUUAAUAUUGUUAAUAGUGUUUUUAUUUAUAAUUAUUAACGUCGUGUGUUGUGAAUUAGUUUUGAUAAUAGUACAUUUCCAGACAAUAUUUUUACAGCUAUUCAAUCAGUCUAAUAGGAUUGUUUCGACUGUAAGACAGUGUUGUAUCUUAUGAAUAUCAGUUUAAUCGGGUUUAUUGGAAAGACUGUUUCUAGUUGUGAGAGCUUCUAGCCUGACUUUUUCAACUAGCUAUUCCUUUUAGUGAGAACUUAACGUCUCUCUAUCCAUCUUGUUGGAUAAUAUUUAAGUGGAGUUACGUAAAAAAUAUAUACAAUUGUGUGUUCUACUCUUGGUGUCACGUGAUUAUUGCACCAGUGGUGGCUUUCCGCUUCAUGAUUGGUAACAAACCUAACAUCAGUUUGCAAAAUCGUAAAUUUCAGUGCAGUGAAGUGUGCACCGAAUUCGGGAUUUAAAGGUGCUUCGAAACAUUUGUGACAUAUUUGGCACUCUGUGAUACUGUGACGUUCUGUAUCACAGUUGUGACUUUCGUAUCACAUUUUUGACAUUUUGUAUCAAAUUUGUGACACUUUGUAUCAAAGUUGAGACAUUCUGUAUCACCUUUUGUGACAAAAUUCGAACUGUGUAUCAGAUCUUCAUCAUGAAGAUGUCUCGUUGAAAUGUGACAAAAUCUCCAGUGCUGCUACCUAUUUGCGGAGUAAAGUGAGUGUUUAUGUGUUAGAACGGGAGGGGAGACAAUAUGUAUCGUAUUCGGCUGUAUAUAGUUCCUGAGGACCAGGAGGAGUCGGGAGGGAAGGGUUCGGGGUCGAGGAAGGCUCGCAAUGAGGCCAAAACGAAGCAACCUCCGAAAAUUAGCAAUCCUCCACAAGUCAGAUUGCAGGAUCCUCGGCUGUCUUUGCCCAUCAUUACGCCACAACCUCAGGAAUUCGACUUGGAGCAGAAGAUCGAGCUGGAGAUCAAGAUGCGGGAGGGCACGACCAAGCUACUGGCCGCCAGUCGCCACCAGACGCAGCAACUGGAGGCGGCCAAGAGUCUACUCACCUCCAAUGAGCGCAUGUCCGCUUACAUCGCUGAACUGCAGCGGCGCAAACGUGGUGACGUCACUAUGCCACCGCCCAAGCGACAUGCGCCCCCAGUGUCCACGCUGCCGCCAUCGAAAGCGCGUCUGUGCUUUUCUGAGCUACGCAUGCCGCUGAUGUGGCGAGACUCUGACCACUUCAAGAACAAGGGCGACUACCGUCGCUUCGCCGUGUUCUGCCUGGCGCGUGCCGGCACUGAAGUCUACGACACGUCGCUGCUCUGUCCCGUCGACCGCUCGCUCACCGAUCUCACCUUUCCCGACGUCAUUGUCUUCAACCAAGUGCCCCACGACUUCGUGUUCCAGCUGGAGAUCUUCGGGCACAUGCUGCGCGACGACCUGUCGAUAGCGAGCACACCGCGCAAGAUCAAGAACACCAUUCACUCGUCGAUCAGUCGAACAGUUGGCAAGAAGCUGGCCGCCUCUCUGAGGGACGAACUCAACUCGGGCAAGAUCGGGCCGCACUUCCAUCUCAUGGCCAGUGCGCGGCUCACACUCGAACACGUGCACGACAGCACGCGCACCCACGAUCUCAAGCUAGAGAGUUUCGAAGUGCGCAGUCACCAGCUUCCGUUGUUUGGUCACUUCUGCUGUCGCUUGGCCGCGCAGCCAGACUGCAUGAGGCAGCCAAUUGUGUCCGGGCCACUGAGCCUGCUCAGCCAUCAGCCGCAGCUGCAGCAGCCGCUCACCUGGGCCCAGCUGCAGGCUUGGAGGCUGCACCUCUGGAGAGACCGCGACGCCUGGCUCAUGCAGGGAGGGGGCAGUGGAGGGGAGGUCGAGGUUGUCAUCGAUAAGGAAACUGUGAUAAGAGCUCGCAAGUCGUCGAACUGUGAGCUGGAGGUGAGCAACGAGUGUGAGGGCAAGGAGGUGGUGUCGGUGCUUAGGGCCACCUCCAUGGAGGAGCGAGACAAGUGGCUCAGGCUUCUCGUUCACCAUGCGCUCGACCAUCAGAGGUGGAGGCUAGCGGCCGAACGAGUGAUGGAAAUUCAGACUCCCGGUGCUGGAAAGAAUUCCUUCACGAAACCAUUCAGACAGGGCUCACUCUACGACGAGACCCCUCUUAUUGAAACCAUAGAGCACACUAGAAAUAGUUGCAACGAGUACACCACUAGUCGACCCACAGUGCACGAGAUAUUCGGCCUGACACCGAGCACAAGUCUCAGCUCCUGUUCGUCCUCGUCAUCACCCACAUUCCGCGACCGAUCGCUCAGCUCCAGUGGCAGCAGCAAGUCCCGCUCCUUCCUGUCCGCCUUUUCAAGGAGUCACAACGACUGAAUCAUCGCCAAAAUAACUUUGAAAAUUCUAAAAAAAUAACAGAAAAUCCCAAAAAUGUACCUUAGUCUUCAUGUAACUUGGUAGCGUACCAGCUGUAAGAUUCCUGGUGUCAUUCCAUAAGCGAAAACUGUCUAUGAUCGACAAUUCCACCUUAUGGAUAAUCAUUACUUGAACCGUUGCCAUUUCCUUUCAUUUCAACUAAUCAGAAUCGUUAAUGUUUUAAUACAGUUUCAAUAAUUUAUUAUCUGUGUAGUGAGAACUACUCAGGGAAUAGUCUGAUCAUUCUCAUUUGAUUGUUUAUAUUUACAUGAUUAAAAAGGUAUGUUUUAUUGACUUGUACCUAAUAUCGAUCGUCUAAACUCAUGGAAUACUUCCAUUAUUCCAUAUUCAAAAUGAAUUCGUUGAGGUUUGAAAUCAUUAUUUCAUGUCCAAAAUAAUGGCGUUGAUUUAAUUAAUUAAAAAAAUUUGAAUAAUCGAAAUAAUUUGAAAUGACAACCGUUCAAGUAUCUAUGAUAAUCAUCAUAGAUAUUCAUGAUAUUCAGGUAAGGUUUACUCUUGCUCGGUCGCUAUUUCAUGUAACCAGAUUCCUACAUACUAGAAAGUAAUUCUUGUCUAGUAUGUAGAAAUCUCAUAGUUUUAAUCCUGUUUUACUGGACUACUGAUCCUUAACAAGUUCCCCACACACCUAACAAGUGUGCUGUUCAUACUUCAAGUGUACCUGUUUAUAUUUUUUCUUUUAUUUUUGUAUUUUUUACUUCCUGUUGCUUUUUAUUUAUUUUUCCGUCCCUUUGUAGUGUUAAAGUAGAGUUUCCGCAAUCCAAUAAAUAUUUGUUUUUAGGAUUUUCUCUUAUAACAUUGCACAUUAUUCAAUUUUUCUUAGAUUCACAUCUAAGCUACUGAUUCACAAUAGCUAAUCUACUUCUAGAUUCACAUUCAAGCUACUGCUUUCGGAAAUGGGGCAGGGUGAAUAAUUUUUUUUUUCAUACUGACAAAACAUAUAUCUAAACAAUCACUCCAUGACUAGUGUGUGAGAUUCCUACAGUCAGCUGUUUUAUAGGAUCCUAAUUAUUUGAAACAGGUCCUUUGACGGUCAUUUAAAAUAAUAUUUUUUUUUAAUUUUUAUUUUGCUAAGAAUAGGAUUAAGAUUCAUUCAAGUAUUGAUAAUAAUGAUUAAGAACGUGUAACCAGUAGUUGGUGAAGUUCUAAAGGAAAUUUUUAUUUACUCCUUCAUGUUCAUAUUUGUGUUUAUCAUUUAUUUAAUUAUUAUUAUUCUUAUCAAACUGUCCGUCCCCUACGUUUUCCCAAGUUACAUGGAUACCAAGGUUAAUUUUUAUUAUUGAUUCCACAAAGCAUUGUGGAGUUAAUUUUUAUUAUAUAGAAGUGGAAUGAGUUUUGUUUAUAAUGUGUUUAUGUUUAUGACCUAUUCGAAAAUUAAAAAAAAAAAUAUUACCUAUGUAUAACAAUUAUGUAUAUUGAAGAUGUAAAGCUUUUUUUAUCCUCGUUUUAUUAAUAUCAAUGUUACUACGAUCUUGUAUAUUGUUUUUCCAUUCACAAACAGUAUUUAUUAAUUUAUUUCGAUUGAAUAAUAAAACUUGUGUUGUACGAAAGAUUUUGAGCUCAUAUUGUAAAGUAUAAUUUGAAUAAAUGACAUCCAAUUUUGUAUGGCUUAA